UCAGAUCACAAAGAACUUGAAUCAUCAUCACAAAAGAUGGACAAUAUGUGUAAGACCACGAAACCACUUAGUCUGAAAUCUGAUGUGACAACAAAUGAUAUACAGAGGCCUAUGCCAAGCCCCAAGAUCAGAUGUUUCUUUUUGCCUGUAGAUAGGUUCCACCUUGCAAGCUCCCCUAAUGAGAAAAACAGCAGAAAUGUGGGAAUUGUCAAUUCAGACAAGUUUUGCCAGAAUCUUACCUUUGAAGGACUUAAUAGAAAAGAUACCCCUACUAGUUUUGGCUCCCAAAUUAACGGUUUUGAUCAGCAGAUUCCACAAAAAACUCAGGGACAACAAUGUGAAUCAAAGAACUUAACUGGCACGAGUGCAGUGAUUGUGCCAAGUAUACUCCAGGAAAGGGGGACAAUGAGCAUCAAGGUUAGUGGUGACCAUUCUAGCAGUUCCACACAGCCCAACAUGCCAGCCAGUUCAGCAAGAGAGGCACCAGUGAAACUGUCCUCUCAUUCUCACCGUCUUGCUCCUGCAAGAGCACCCAGAAUACUGCAGCCCCAUCUCGGGACAACAUUUUACAAACCACCUACCCCGACCAGCAAAGUCAGGGGGACUGAGGAGAGACCAGCUUCACCUUCAGCAGCAGUGCCUCCUAGCACAGCUCUUACUCCCCUGAGUCAUGUGGAGAAAUCUGUUCCAGAGGCAGACAGCACAUCAGCUUAUGCUUUGAAGCCAGCUGCUGAGCCUAAGGAGAACUGUGAGGAGGUUGGCCUGCCUGACAUGAAUCCAUUGUGCCAGGGACUCAGGCUAAAACAAAUGGAAGAGUUACAAGACCUUGAAUUUGAAAUGCCACAGUUUGUGUAG